AUGAAUUCGAUACAAGUUUUGCAGUGGUUCGGAAAUUUGGUCACAAUGAAAUGGUGGGACGAUCUGUGGUUAAACGAGGGUUUCGCAGUUCUCAUGGAACACAUUGCUGUCGAUGGCAUUACUCAUGGUGUCAUGAACGCGAAAGAUUUCUUCGUCGUCGACACCAUGGAAUCGGCCUUUGAGGCGGAUUCAUUAGCUUCAAGUAUUCCGCUGAUCCCUACAAUAGAUCGAAUGGAAGAAAUCUCAGAAGCGUUCAAUACUAUAACGUAUAAGAAAGGAGCUUCUUUACUGGCAAUGUUGAUGGCAGUAAUGGGAGGAUAA